AUGCAACUCCCCCCGCCCACCGCCAUGACGAACACGCCCGCCUACGAGUCUGUCCUCAAGGGCAAGUACCCGGCCAAGGCGCACGCCAAGCGCGUCGCCGAGUACAUCCGGAGCAAGCGGCCGGACAACGGCGACGGGGCCGCCCAGAACGGCGUGCUGUACCUCGAGAGCCGCGCGACCAAGCUGCUCGAAGACAACGACGAGCCCGAGCCGUUCCGGCAGCGGCGGCCCUUUUACUACCUGACGGGCUGCCCGCUGGCGGACUCGUACUACGUGUACGACCUGGCGACGGAAACGUCGACGCUCUUCAUCCCGCCCAUCGACCCGGAGGCGGUGGUCUGGUCGGGCCUGCCGGUGAGCGCGGAGGAGGCGCUGGCCCAGUGGGACGUGGACGAGGUCAAGUACGUGGCGGACGUGAACGCGACGCUGGCGGCCAAGGCGAAGGGUCGUGCGGCGGGCAGCAAGAGCGUGGUGUUUGCCCUGGACGGCCAGGUGUCGGACCAGACGACGUUCCUCGGGUUCGACGCGACGGACUUUGCGCUCCUGCGGGAGGCCAUUGACGAGUGCCGCGUCGUCAAGUCGCCGUACGAGCUGGCCCUGAUGGCCAAGGCCAACGACGUCUCGAGCGCGGGCCACCGCGCCGUGCUCGCGCAGGUGGGCAAGGCCCGCAACGAGCAGGAGCUCGAGGGCGUCUUCCUCGGCCACUGCGUCGGCCACGGCUGCCGCAACCAGGCCUACCACAGCAUCGUCGCCAGCGGCCGCGCCGCCGCCACGCUGCACUACAUCCACAACGACCAGCCCCUGGCCAACAAGCUCAACCUGCUGCUGGACGCCGGCGCCGAGUACCAGUGCUACGCCGCCGACAUCACGCGCACGUUCCCCAUUGCCGGCCGCUUCUCGACCGAGUCGCGCGCCGUCUACGACAUUGUGCUGCGCAUGCAGCUCGAGUGCAUCGCCCUCCUCAAGGAGGGCGUGCGCUGGGACGACGUCCACGUGCACGCGCACAAGGUGGCCAUUGACGGCCUGCUGGCCCUCGGCAUUCUCAAGGGCGACAAGGACGCCAUCCUGCGCGACCGCACCAGCGUCGCCUUUUUUCCCCACGGCCUCGGCCACUACCUCGGCAUGGACACCCACGACACCGGCGGCCACGCCAACUACGCCGACGAGGACGCCCUCUUCCGCUACCUGCGCGUGCGCGGCACCCUGCCCGCCGGCAGCGUCAUUACCGUCGAGCCCGGUAUUUACUUUUUUGAAUUCAUGAUCCGCCCCUUCCUCAAGGAUCCCGUCCACGCCAAGUACAUUGACGAGGCCGUUCUCGACAAGUACUGGGACGUCGGCGGCGUCCGCAUCGAGGACAACCUCGUCAUCACCAAGACCGGCAGUGACAACCUGACCACCGCGCCCAAGGACCCCGACGAGCUGCUGGCCAUCAUCAACGGGGCGAACUAG